AUGGAAGUGAAACCAGUUCCUAAGCCGCGCUCGCUAAUACCAGAACGUCCAGUGCCAGCUCCUCGGAACCUCUGUCCGCCCAAGACUGUGAAUCAGUCAGCAUCAACGAGGUCCUUGAGUCCUAGUGAGUCAUCCAGCCAGUCAGAAAUGAGUGACGACCGCAGAAGUACGGAGUCUAGGAGCAGUUCCGAGAAAAAUUUGUUCAAAAAUCUCGGUACGUCUUCGCGACAACUCAAGGAUGAAUUAUCUGAGAAGAUGACUGUGAAGGGCAAAGCGAUGAUAUCUAGCACGAGAAAUGCAAGUAUCAGGUUAGAAAAAUCUGUGAAAAAUUUACUGACUCGUCGGCUGACGUCCAGCCAAGACCAGGACGAGAGCAAGAAGAAUGAAGACGACGUUGAUAGGUGCGUAUCGAUGCCCGCAGGCUGCGAUGACAUUUUUAAGUCUAUAUCAUUUUACAGCCCUCUGACAUCUAAUUUAAAGAGUGUUAAAAAUGAACAAGACUUGACUGAAACUCGAUACAGUCCUCCACCACCAGUUUACCCACCGCCUCCGCUUCCUGAUGAAUCGAUCUACGACGAGCUUCAAUCGGUUACUUCCGGCAGUAGAUGUGGAACAAUGUCGUCCAGUCUAAGUGUUUCCGAUCGGCUUUUAGACUUUCCUGAUACUGCUAGUCUCCUGAAGUUUGCACGAAAUCGCAGCGAUUCGGAGUCAAACCAGAGUUUGAAUUUUUCAGACGCAAAUUACAGUCAGAAAGAAGAUAUCAUCAAGCGAUUGUCACGCUCAGACUCUUGGACAUUUUAUGACUCGGCUUUUUCUGAGGACAGAAAUGAUAAAAAUGAAACUGAUAGCACGUUGGACACGAUAGCUUCCAACGUUGAGGAAGAAGAGCCAAUUCGCGAGCGAGUUAGUGAUAGUUGUAACAGUGCCAUGUCUGUUAGAAAUUCUUUGUAUGAAAAUUGGAGUCUGUCGAAGACUGGAGACUCUGAAACGGAUAGCAAAACUCGGAAUCAGACGCACAGUAAAUCUUUGUUGUUUGAAUUCGAUCCGUUUGCUAAGACUGAGGAAAAUACGUACGGGAACUAUGAGAACAAUGAUAUGAUGCUUCUGGAGGCUUUACUGGCGACCAGUGAGUCUCCGACCAGCGCUGGAAGUGUCACGGAUUUGAGAGAAUGUGACGGAGAAGAAGACACCGGAGAAGAGGAUGUUGGAGUUGAAGACUCUGGUAGUCCGAAUCAGGCUAUGAUUUCUUCACCACCGCCUCCUCCAAGACGGUUCGACUCAUUGCCGAAAAAUGAGUACGAUGAAGUAGAGCUAGUAGAGGCCCCGGAGAAAGUAGUGGGCAAAAAUCCAGCAUUAUUGCCGAAGUUAGUUCAUCUUGCCAGAAGAAAACAGCCAGCGGUACCGCCGAGAAAGUCUUCCGUAAAAGUUUUAGACGAAUCUGUGCUUGAGGAAGCUGCGAAUCUGUCUUUGAGCAAGCCUGAGGAAGACAACAGUGUGCCGAAACCUGCUGAGGAACGGAAGAAGACGAUGAUGCAGAAGCUCAAGAAGCUGAGGCAUGAUUCGACGGCUCAUGUCAGGCCAAAUGUUAUGAAUUUUAUGAAGAAUUCGAAAUUGCUGAGGCGUGAGCAACAUGAAGUUAAAAAAGUCGCGGUUAUGAAGAUGGAGAGACCCAAACUAGAGAGCCAGGUUAUUCCUGUUUGCCAUCGUGGAAUUGUUUAUAGAUCUGGAGUGGGCAUGGAACGCGCUAAAGACUUGGUUCAACGGGCUGCAGUGCUAUCUGAUCAGAAAAUAAGUUUUUAUGUUGAUAAAAGCAUGGUUACACUCAAAGAAGUCAUUCAUCUCGAUGCUGUUCAGAGUGUUCAUUUGCUUCAAGAUGUCAAAACUGUAGACGGAGAAACGGUCCACUGUAUCGCUGUAAGCUGUCAAGGCAGGCCAAGUGUUCACGUUUUUUACGCUAAAGGAAUUACCGAACGCAGAAUAUGGGCUCAAAGAAUUCUUGAAGCACUUACUCCCGUUUUUCCAGCUAAAUACUCCGCAGAGCUAACGCGAGCUGGUUGGGCUUAUCUCAAAGAAGGGGUCACUGGAUCUUGGUUUUCAGCAUGGGUCUUGUUACAACAACGAACGUUAAUUUAUACACGGUCUUUGGAUAUUGUGGAAUUCGAGCAAUUAGACCUCCGUAAAGCACGUUGUAUUUUAAUAAGAGAACAAGAGGGACCUAUUGAAGGCGCCGGGAAUAUUCCAAUAGUUGUAAUAGAUGCUGGUCACGGUGCAUUACAUUUAGCUGCUCCAGGAACUCGUGAAGCGCCGGCUUGGCGGCAUGCGCUCCAUCAAGCUGCUACUAGCUGCGGCGCUGGUUUGGAUGAACAACAAUUAACUCAAGAUGAUGUUCCAGUUAUUCUUGAUAAAUGCAUUAAUUUUAUUUACGCACACGGAAUAAUGUCUGAAGGAAUAUACAGAAAAGGAGGUUCAAGCAGCGCUGUCGUUCGAUUACUGGAGGCGUUCAGAAGAGAUGCGUGGGCGACGCAAAUUAUCCGUAGCUCUUACUCCGAGCAUGACGUUGCCACAGUGUUGAGAAGAUUUCUUCGGGACUUACCCGAGCCGAUUAUUCCACCUUGUGUACACAAUGAACUCUGUCGCGCAUCUGAUAUUGAGGAUACUGACGAACGUUCUAAUAAAUACCGAUCAAUUUUGAUGCCGGUGCUAAACGAAGUCUCGAAGAAAACCCUAAGGCGGAUAUUGGCACAUUUACACUGCCUGAGUCAGCAGAGUUCGAGGAACCUGAUGACUGUAGAAAAUAUAUCCGCGGUAUGGGGACCCACUUUGAUGCACGCUGGAAGUAAAAGUGCAGAAGAUUGGAACCGUGCUGAGACCAGUGUCGUCGGAGAUCUAAUACGAUUUUAUCCAAAAUUGUACCAACUUUCUGCUGACGAUUUAGCCAAGGAAGCGAAAAUUCUCGAAGUUUUGGAGAGACAUGUUGCUAAUAAUGGACUUAGGGGCGCUCCUUCGGGUGAUUUAAAAAUUUGGAUCUAUUUGUUUACCAAAGAUGGAGAGUGUGUCAAUGUCACGAUUGGCCCACAAAAAAGCGCAGCUGAUGUAUGCAGAGAACUGUCUGAAAAAGCUCAAGUACCAGCUCAUGAAUUAUGUCUACAAGAGUGUACAUUAGGAGGUGCCCUUGAGCGUCCGCUGCAUCACGCGGAGAAAGUAUUGGAAGCUGUUGCAAGAUGGGGAUACUGGGACCCAGAAGAUCGUAAAGACAAUAUUUUGAUCCUGAAGAAGGAUCGUCUCUACAGAGAUAUUGUGCCUCGGAUAAAACCACCGAUGACAAUAUCAGGAGAGCUGAAAUUCGCCGACACAAAGUCCAAGCAUUUCAAGUCAUACUUAUUUGAAUUCAGUCAAGCAAAAUUAUGCUGUUACAAAGACAAAGCAUGUGCAAUUAAAAUCCAUGAGUGGAAAAUAGAAGACAUUAUCUGGUAUUUAGGCCACGAACCCAAAAGGAAUCCACAGUCGGGAUGGUCCAUCACAUUCCUUCUCAAAAACAAAAAACCUACAAGGUGCAAAGACAGUCCAUUUUUCGGAAAUGUUCUAGCCGGUGUUUCUGUGGUCGAUCAGUACCGCUGGCUGGCUGCAAUGCUCUUUGGCGAGCACCAGCUAAACCUUCUACCCUCAGCGAUAAACUUAAUGGAUCCUUAA